CGGCCCCGCCCCGCGCGACUCCCCAGCUGCGGACCCGCAGGCGCGCGCGCACGCUCCUCCCACGCCCCCUGCCGCCCGCCCGAGUGGGCCCGCUCGCACGUGACGCCACCAGAGAGCCCAGUGUGCGCCUGCGCGGGCACACCCGAUUCGGUCCACUCCAGGCAGCCCCGCCCAAAGGUUUUUCUUCCUCUGCGAACCCAGAACUGGGAACGCUGCCUCUACUGGAGAGUAAUGUCGCAAGGUUGAAGUAGAAAGCUCUGGGUUUGCGACCGUAGUUCUCGCUUUCCGGCCAAUACGGAGUCAGAGGUUCCUGAAGGCUGGUUGAGGUGGUGAGGCCCAGGCAGCUUUCAGAAUUUCUGAGCAACCCUGGUCAGUUCAAGAUGGACCCUGUAGUCUUGAGUUACAUGGACAGUCUACUGCGGCAAUCAGAUGUAUCACUAUUGGAUCCUCCAAGCUGGCUCAAUGACCGUAUUAUUGGGUUUGCCUUUGAGUAUUUUGCCAACAGUCAGUUUCAUGACUGCUCUGACCAAGUCUGCUUCAUCAGUCCUGAAGUCACCCAGUUCAUCAAGUGCACUAGCAAUCCAGCAGAGAUUGCCAUGUUUCUUGAACCCCUGGACGUCCCCAACAAGAGAGUUGUAUUUUUAGCCAUCAAUGAUAAUUCCAACCAGGCAGCUGGGGGAACCCAUUGGAGUUUGCUGGUUUAUCUCCAAGAUAAAAAUAGCUUUUUUCAUUAUGAUUCCCAUAGCAGAAGCAACUCAAUUCAUGCAAAGCAGGUAGCAGAGAAGUUGGAGGCUUUCUUGGGUAGAAAAGGAGACAAACUAGUCUUUGUGGAAGAGAAAGCCCCUGCUCAACAAAACAGCUAUGACUGUGGGAUGUAUGUGAUAUGUAACACUGAAGCCUUGUGUCAUAACUUUUUUAGACAACAGCCAGAAUCACUAUUGCAACUACUCACUCCUAUGUACAUCACAAAGAAGAGAGGAGAAUGGAAAGAUCUCAUUGCCAGACUUGCUAAAAAUUAGAUAGUGUAUAUUUGUGACUUUUGAAGUCUCAUUCUGCCUGUCCCCAUUUGUUGGAUGGCUGCAAUCUCAGUGCCUGAGAGAAGAUGCCAGAUAGAGGCAAGCUUAGGAUUUUUACUUUUUCCUAAAAGAAUUUCAUCCUCUACAUUAUCCUAAUGGGAAGUUUCAUUUUAACUGUACCUUAAGGACACAAUGUUCUAUGAAAUGUCUUGAAGUUGUUCACCAAUACCUUAAAACCAAGCUAUUGUAACAUUUAUUAAUUACCUUAGCCACAUCGGCUUAUUCCAAAGGAAAAUCAGUGAUCUGUAAAACAAAUUAAGGAUAUGUGAAACCUAGUGGAAUGCAAGAAGAAAACAAUAGAAGAACCAAAAACUUAUUGUAUAGUCCACUGGCUGGAAGCAGAUCAAGAUCUAAAUAUUAUGAGAAUCAAUUAUUCACUUCUGUGCUCUCUUCCAUUCACCAUGCAAAGCUUUCCUGCUAUCAGUAUACCCUUUGCAAAGAUUUUGUUAUUCUGUCUUUCCCCAUCUGAUUCCUUGAUGCUCUAUGAAAGGGGGAAUCAAGUAAUUUUGUUAAAUUAAAAGACUUUGGUAGACCACUUAAUUUGCUCAGUGGUCCAUUUGCUACUCUGAAUUGAUAAUAGCAUUCAUUAAACUUGUCUAUUAGCCAUUUGCACACUCCUACCUUAUAUCCAAAGUUCUGUGGUUUUAAAACUCAGCUGAUAACUUCUCAAGGUUAUCUGUUAUUUCAAGUAAGUAUUUCUGCUUUCUGAUAGUAAGUUUUUUCUCUCCUCUUUAUCCUUAAUCUGGCAGAAUUGAUUUAUAUCAUGGUGAUUUUGGAAUUACAAUUGUACCUGAAAUUUACAAACUAAAAAUUGGUUUGUUUUUGAGAUAUGAAGGACAAAGGGUGACCUUUGACCUUUUCACUUAAUUCAAAAUGCAGACAAUGUAAUUUUUAAAAUGUGGAACAAAGAGUAAGAAGAAAUUCUGUCCCUCCUAAGUCAGUGAUGUAUUUUUUUCAGAAUUGUUCCUAAUAACAAAGAGAUGAUAUGUUAACUACAUCCAUUAAUUCUAUUAUUGAGAAUUAGAUUGCAAUACAUAUGACACUUAAAAUCCAAGAUUAGCCCUUGCUGGUUUGGCUCAGUGAAUAGAGCAUCAGCCUGUGGACUGAAGGGUCCCAGGUUCAAUUCUGGUCAAGGGCAUAUGGCUGGGUUGUGGGCUCCAUCCCCAGUAGGGGGCGUAUAGGAGGCAGCCAAUCAAUAUUCUCUCACCAUUGAUGUUUCUAUCUCUCCCUCUCCCUUCCUCUCUGAAAUCAAUAAAAAUAUAUUUUUAAUUUUUAAAAAAUUAGCUUCAGACAUGAAACUGAUUUCAGCUACCUCCCCAACCUAACCCUGCCCUCACCCCUAAUGGCUCAAAAUAACCUCACCAAGCAGUGACCACAGAGGCAGUUACUCAGUUCCUUUUAAUCAGGGAGAGAAAACACAGUCUAAAUAACUACUGGUUACAUAGCAGCCUGAGUGAACAAGAGCUGAAACUAAAAAUCAAAGAGAAAGUCAAAAGUUUUCAAGUCAGUAAGUUUUGGAUAAAAAGGAGACCUAAUGGAAGACGAGCAGAAAAGGAAAUUAGGAAUUGGCAGUCAGCCAUAGGGAAGUAGGGAAGAGGGACAGCAAGAGAAGUGACAUAGUGUAAAUGAUGAUGAGAGCAAUAUUUUAAUAACAAUUGAAUAAAAUCCUCUCUUGGAAAGGUUGUUGUCUUUCUGCUAAUGCAAAGUAUGUGUGGACCCUGAGAAAGGAGAUGCACAUUGAGAAGACCUCCUGGUGACUUAAUGGGGCUCAAAUUA